AUGAAGACCAACCCUGUGGGCUCCUCGCUAGAAACCUGUCAGGCUGCAGGCCAGGGCGAGAAGGGCUGCCCUGUCUGCCAGGCCUGCGGGGGCGCCUCAGGCCUCGGGUCUGCUUCAGGAUUCGGGUCAGGCCUCGGGCCAGGACCUGGAGUGGUUCCGGGCUCUGGGCUGGCUCCUGGAGCUAUUCCAGGCCCUGGGUCUGGGCCUAGUGCUUCUCCAGGGUCUGGGCCAGGACAUGCAGCUGUUUCUGUGACUGAGCUGGGAGCUGGUACUGCUUCAGGACCUACAGCUGCUCUGGGACCUACACUAGGAGCAGGAUCAUUACCUGGACCAGAAGCUAGGUCUGGACCCAGGCCAGGAUCCAAGUCAGUACCUGGGCCAGUGCCUCAGCCAGGAGCUGGGCCAGUGCCUCAGCCAGGAGCUGGGCCAGUACCUCAGCCAGGAGCUGGGCCAGUGCCUCAGCCAGGAGCUGGGCCAGUACCUCAGCCAGGAGCUGGGCCAGUGCCUCAGCCAGGAGCUGGGCCAGUACCUCAGCCAGGAGCUGGGCCAGUGCCUCAGCCAGUAAGUGAGUCAGGACCUAGGCCAGGAGCUACACCAUUACCUGGGCUAGGGCUAGGGCCUGGAACCAGACGAGGCUCUGGGACUGGCUCUAACCCCAGUGAAUCUAUGAGAACCCCAGUACCAGCUCUACAGCAGAAGACUCAAGCCAAACCCGCACAGGCUCCCAGACAGAAGGUUCUGGUGACUGGAGGAGGAGGUUACCUGGGCUUCAGCCUGGGUUCCAGCCUAGCCAAGAGAGGCACUUCUGUCAUCCUGCUUGACCUCCGCAGACCCCAGUGGCCACUACCCUCGGGGACCGAGUUUAUCCAGGCUGAUGUCCGAGAUGAAGAAGCCCUGUACCAAGCCUUCCAGGGCGUGGACUGUGUCUUUCACGUGGCCUCCUAUGGCAUGUCUGGGGCUGAGAAGCUACAAAAACAGCAGAUUGAGUCUAUAAAUGUCGGAGGCACCAAACUAGUUAUUAAUGUUUGUGUCCGUCGGCGGAUUCCAAGGCUUGUGUACACCAGCACAGUCAACGUGACCUUCGGUGGGAAGCCUGUUGAGCAGGGCGAUGAGGACUCCAUCCCAUACUUCCCCCUGGACAAGCAUAUGGACCACUACUCUCGAACCAAAGCCAUUGCUGACCAGCUGACUCUCAUGGCCAAUGGGACACCUCUCCUAGGAGGAGGCACUCUCCGCACCUGUGUGCUCCGUCCCCCAGGGAUCUAUGGUCCUGAAGAACAGAGGCACCUACCCCGCGUGGCGAGCCACAUCAAGAAGAGACUGUUCAUGUUCCGGUUUGGGGACCGCAGGACUCGCAUGAACUGGGUCCAUGUGCAGAAUCUGGUGCAGGCACAUAUCCUGGCAGCUGAGGCACUCACCAUGGCUAAGGGCUACGUGGCUAGUGGGCAGGCUUACUACAUUAAUGAUGGGGAGAGCGUCAAUCUCUUUGAGUGGAUGGCCCCACUGUUUGAGAAGCUGGGGUACAGUCAGCCCUGGAUCCAGGUGCCGACUUCCUGUGUUUAUCUGACAGCUGCAGUUAUGGAGUACCUGCACCUGGCACUGAGGCCCAUCUGUACCAUUCCCCCACUACUCACCCGCAGUGAGGUGCUCAGCGUGGCCGUGACUCACACCUUCCAGAUUGCCAAGGCCCGCACUCAGCUUGGCUACGCGCCGGACAAGUUCAGCUUCGCCGACGCAGUGGAGCAAUAUGUGCAGGCCACGACCCCUCAGCCCGGUGGCUUCACCGUGCAGUGGCUCCUGCGGCUGCUGCUCCUGCUGCUGCUCGUCCUGCUCGUCCUGGCCUUGCACUUCGUGGGGCUGCAGCCAUUGCAAGCGGCAGUGCAGCGUCUCUGA